AUGGAUCCCAACACGCUCAGACAUCUCGAGUACUUCUCAGUACCCAAUCACCAGACGGUCAACCCCGUUGACCAAUCUUACAACUUGUCAGGGUCUACCUCUACGCAGUCGCCAACACUAUGGGGCACCGCGCCAUCACUGGAAGCCAACCAUUCUGGCAUGAACUCGACGGCAACGACGACCAUGUCACUUGACUCUCUCUCACAAACUUCUCCAGCAACCGCUUUCACUGGCAUGUCCUCUCAUCCUUCAAUGACCCGACGGCCGUCCAUGUAUGGCAGUCAUACCGGAAUGCCGUCUUCAAAAUCGUCCAGAACCCGGGAAGGCCAUGAGAGGAAACGAACAAGGCUGGACUCUGAGCUAUCACCGUUUGAUGAGCCGGACUAUUGGUUGCAGUUCGACAAUGACGACAACUUCGAUGAUAUUUCUGAAACCACAGAGCCCCCUCGGCAGGAUCACAAAGGGAAAGGAAGAGCCCCGCAGCUAUCCCAACAGCAACAGCAACAUCAACAACGACGUCGGAGCACGGCACACUCCAUGGCAACAACGGCCGCCACUCACCGGAGAACUGCUGGUACGCUAAAAUCCGAGGACUACAUGGAAGACAGCGCCUUGGAUAAUGCUCUAUCGGAGGAUGAGCGGGCGAUGUCCCUGAAUCUGGCUGAGCAGCUUUCCAAAAUAGAUACAGCUCCGCCGCAAGAAGUACCCCCGCGUGAAGGUCUCUACUCGACACCCCUUAGCUGGGAGCGCCCACAACCCGGUCUCAGAAUGGACUCCCUGAUAGGACUCAAUCAACAAGCCCUGAACGAGGCCGAACAGCGACGACUGAUUGCAAUUGCCAUGAAUCCUGGACCUAGCAUGGGAGGACUCGGCUCCAACAUCAACCUCAACUUUGGGGAUAUGGCAACCGGGUUCAACUCGGGGUUCGGCUCGAGUUAUGCAAGUUCAUCGAUGGGUGGUGGUCAGAUGCCGAGGCCUGUAUCACCACCGCGGGCGAGCACAUCAUCCCAGUCACGACCAGCACCAGCGAGACCCCCCCAUAAACACGGCAGCAUAAGCGAAAAGUCGAGCGAGAGGAUGGGUAGUGGUGACAAGCACAGAAAGGUAGAGGAAAAGCACAAGAUUGGGGAUCGGACGGCGCAUAACGAUAUCGAAAGGAAAUAUCGGACAAAUCUCAAGGAUAAAAUUGCCGAGCUGCGGGAGGCGGUCCCUGCGCUUCACACAAUAUCGGAGGCUGGAGGGGUGGAAGAUGACGGGUCGCAAAAUUCGAGAGCGCCCAAAGUUAGCAAGGGAACAAUCCUCACCAAGGCCACCGAAUACAUACACCAACUCGAGCGGAGGAACAAGCAAAUCACCAUGGAGCACCGAGAGCUCUCGCGAAAACUGCAGGCGUUUGAGCAGCUGCUCAAUCACACGGCCGCGACGGCGUACCAGAUGCCAGCGUAUUCCAGGACUUUGUUCGACCCCAGAGGAUUCUGCUAG